CCCCUACCCACUUCGACCAAAACCCCCAAAAAAAUAGGAGAGAGAGUUCUUAAACACAAGUCCUCCAUUUUUGAAUCAAGCUCAAGGUUGAGGAAGACUCAAGGAAGAAGAAAAGCUUGGAAGAGAAGAGAAAAACAUAGAAAAAAUCAAGGAAUUUUACCAAGGUAUUCUAGACUUCUCAAGUAAUCUAGGAGUGGAUGGAAAAGUUGCCGGAUCCACCGGAGUUUUCGCCGGAAAAUUCCAAAAGUCGCCGGAGUUCAAUCGAGGAGGCUAAAAGCUCGCUAACGUCAUUUCAAGGUUGAAGCUAGAACUUACUUCCUACACCCGUUGUUUGGGAGAUCGAUGGAGAGAAGUUGUGGAAUGGGUGGUAGCGAUAGGGCGGUUCGAGGGAAUCCGAGAGGGCGCACGCCGGGGAUAGCCGGGCAAGCCAAUCGAGGAAUAUCAAGGUCGCCAAAAAGGCGAGGUAGGGGCCACCAAGGCCAACGAACACGAGCCGCGAUGGCUGAUCGCAUUAUGACUGGAUUCGAGUCGUGGAACUCGGAGGAUGACUCAACUUAUUACCCUGAAAGUGAGUCAGAUGAUACUUCUUUUGAUGAAAACGGCGGGGAGGAUAUACAUAGUAUUCCUCUUGAUCAGGUUAGUGAGAUGUACCGAUGGUACUAACGGGAAAGGGAAAGGCAACGACAAAGAGCCCAGGUGGGGCAUGUCAGAGACGAGACCUCUCGCAGGAGGGGUCGAGGUGCUCACCAGUACUUUUCUGUAGUACUGAUCCCUCGGAGGAACCACCCUUUCAGGUUGAAGCUAGAGCUUACUUCCUACACCAGUUGUUCGGGAGAUCGAUGGAAAGAAGACGUGGAUGUUGAAGUAGCUCUAAAUGGAAACUUUGAUGCAGUGUUGGAUAUUAUUGGUGUUCCAGAUCCUAAAGAAUUAAGUAAUCGAAAUCAAUGUUAUGAAGAGACAUGGACACUAUAUGACAUUGCUGGUAAAGGGAAAUGGCAUUGCAUGUUUUGAAGACAAAGAGUCUUGUUGUUUAUAUAUUUGGGCAACACCUCAUGUGACAAAUGGAAUGAUGCCAGAAAGAGGGGGAUUGAAAUGUUCUGAAAAACAAGUUUAAUUGCAUGAAUUUUGUAUUAGACAUUUUGUAUUGUAAAUGUUUAAGCAUGAAUUUUUGUAUUGGUGUUAUGAAAAUACAUAAGUUGUGUUGUGCCCACAAAUAAAUUGUGUGUCUGUGAAGAACAAACACUCGAUGUGUUUGUGGUUUGUGGCGUAUUUGUCUGUGCUAUGUAUCCGAUUUUGUAUUGUUCGAAUAAGUAGAGACUCUUUGCAAAAACAUUUACAAUUUACCAGGUUUGUUAAAGUACACUUUAAUAUCUGCCCACAAACACAUUGUGUGUCUGUGAAGAACAAACACUCUGUCUGUGAUUUGUGGCGUAUUUAUCUGUGCUAUGUAUCCGAUGUUGUAUUGUUUGAAU